CGCGCCCGCUCCGCGAUGGCUCCCGGAGUUACGGCGAUCCCGGCUGGACGCAGCUGAACGGCCGCCCCCGGGCGGGGGGACCCGCUCGCACCUCGCAUGUCCGCGGCGCCCGGGAAGUCGGAUGUGUACGGCCUUCCUCCCCCUCCUCCUCUCCUCCAUGGCCGUCGUGCUCCGGCUUCUCGGCCUCUCCGGGAGCGCUCCGAGGCCGGCGGGCAGCAGCGGCAGCUCCGCACGUCGCGAUCGCCGUAGCGAGGCUCGGCGCGGCUGCUUCCAGUGACCGCGCCCCAGCCCGGCCAUGUACCCCCAGGGCCGGCACCCGGCUCCGCACCAGCCGGGCCAACCGGGCUUCAAAUUCACCGUGGCCGAGUCCUGCGACCGGAUCAAGGACGAGUUCCAGUUCCUGCAGGCCCAGUACCACAGCCUCAAAGUGGAGUAUGACAAGCUGGCGAACGAGAAGACCGAAAUGCAGCGCCAUUACGUUAUGUACUACGAAAUGUCGUACGGUUUGAAUAUUGAAAUGCACAAACAGACAGAAAUUGCUAAAAGACUGAACACGAUUUUAGCCCAGAUCAUGCCUUUUCUGUCACAAGAGCACCAACAGCAGGUGGCCCAGGCUGUUGAGCGUGCCAAGCAAGUGACAAUGACGGAGUUGAAUGCUAUCAUCGGGCAGCAGCAGCUCCAGGCCCAGCACCUCUCUCACGCCGCCCACGGGCCCCCGGUCCAGCUGCCGCCGCACCCCUCGGGGCUCCAGCCGCCCGGCAUCCCGCCCGUCACCGGCAGCAGCUCGGGGCUGCUGGCGCUCGGCGCGCUCGGCAGCCAGGCACACCUGGCCGUCAAGGACGAGAAGAACCACCACGACCUGGACCACAGAGAGCGAGACUCGAGUGCAAACAAUUCCGUGUCCCCCUCGGAGAGCCUGCGGGCCAGCGAGAAGCACCGGAGCUCCACGGAUUACAGCAUCGACUCCAAGAAGCGGAAAGCGGAGGAGAAGGACAGCAUGAGCCGAUAUGACAGCGACGGUGACAAGAGCGAUGACCUGGUGGUGGACGUCUCCAAUGAGGACCCCACCACGCCCCGGGUGAGCCCGGCCCAUUCCCCCCCGGAGAACGGCCUGGACAAAGCGCGCGGGCUGAAGAAGGGCGACGCUCCCAACAGCCCGGCCUCGGUGGCCUCCUCCAGCAGCACUCCCUCCUCCAAGACCAAGGACCUGGGCCACGUACGUCCCUCCCGCGGGGUCCCCGCGGCGCCGCCCGUGGAUCCCGGCAGCUGCAGCUCAUCCCUCCUUUUCCGUCCCUUCUCCCCCCAGAACGACAAAUCCUCCACGCCCGGCCUCAAGUCCAACACUCCGACGCCCAGGAACGACGCUCCCACCCCGGGCACCAGCAGCACCCCGGGGCUGCGGCCCAUGCCCGGCAAACCCAGCGGCAUGGACCCCCUGGCCUCGGCCCUGCGGACGCCCAUCUCCAUCGCGGGCUCCUACGCGGCGCCCUUUGCCAUGAUGGGGCACCACGAGAUGAACGGGUCCCUGACGAGCCCCGGCGCCUACGCGGGGCUGCACAACCUCCCGCCGCAGAUGAGCGCGGCCGCCGCCGCCGCCGCCGCCUACGGCCGGUCGCCAAUGGUCGGCUUCGACCCACACCCCCCCAUGCGAGCCCCGGGCCUGCCCUCCAGCCUGGCCUCCAUCCCCGGAGGGAAACCGGCCUACUCGUUCCACGUGAGCGCGGACGGGCAGAUGCAGCCGGUGCCGUUCCCGCACGACGCGCUGGCGGGGCCCGGCAUCCCGCGGCACGCGCGGCAGAUCAACACGCUGAGCCACGGCGAGGUGGUGUGCGCCGUCACCAUCAGCAACCCCACCCGCCACGUCUACACCGGUGGCAAGGGCUGCGUCAAGAUCUGGGACAUCAGCCAGCCCGGCAGCAAGAGCCCCAUCUCCCAGCUGGACUGCCUGAACAGGGAUAACUACAUCCGCUCCUGCAAGCUGCUGCCGGACGGCCGCACGCUGAUCGUGGGGGGCGAGGCCAGCACUUUGACCAUCUGGGACCUGGCGUCGCCCACGCCGCGCAUCAAGGCCGAGCUGACGUCGUCGGCGCCCGCGUGCUACGCGCUGGCCAUCAGCCCCGACGCCAAGGUGUGCUUCUCGUGCUGCAGCGACGGCAACAUCGCCGUCUGGGACCUGCACAACCAGACCCUGGUCAGGCAAUUCCAAGGCCACACGGACGGGGCCAGCUGCAUAGACAUCUCCCACGAUGGUACGAAGCUGUGGACGGGGGGCCUGGACAACACGGUGCGAUCCUGGGACCUGCGGGAAGGGCGGCAGCUGCAGCAGCACGACUUCACCUCCCAGAUCUUCUCUCUGGGAUACUGCCCCACGGGCGAGUGGCUGGCGGUGGGCAUGGAGAGCAGCAACGUGGAGGUGCUGCACCACACCAAACCCGACAAGUACCAGCUGCACCUGCACGAGAGCUGCGUCCUCUCCCUCAAAUUCGCCUACUGCGGGAAGUGGUUUGUGAGCACCGGGAAGGACAACCUGCUCAACGCCUGGAGGACGCCCUACGGAGCCAGCAUCUUCCAGUCCAAGGAAUCCUCGUCCGUGCUGAGCUGCGACAUCUCUGCGGAUGACAAAUACAUCGUCACGGGCUCUGGGGACAAGAAGGCCACGGUCUACGAGGUCAUCUACUGAGCCUGGGAAUUCCAGCCCUCGGGAACGCUCCGGGAACGCCCAGGGGAGGCCCCGGGCCCGGCCCAGCUCCGCCCGGCACCCGCCACACCCGGAUUUAUUUGGAGAUCUGCAGCAGCUCUGGCACACACGGAAGCCCUAAAAAGGAUUUUUAUUUGGUUUUAAGGUUUUUUGGGGUUCCUUUUGAUUUUUUUUUUUUUUGUUGUUGUUUUCCAGUUCUUUCCGUCUGGCUUUGGUGGCACUAUAAAGGACUCCUUUUUUAUUGGGACUUUUAUUUUUGGUUUUUUUUGUUGUUUUUUUUUGUGCAUCCCGCAUAAGACUUGUGAAAAAUGUAAAUACUGGACUAGGAAAUAGCGUGGGAAGGGGGGAACCCUCCCAGUACACUUAGUUGUGUAUUUUUGUCUGCUGUAAUUGUAUCCCACUGAUGGUUUUUGGUGGUGGCAAUUUUAUUCUGGGGGUUUUUUUGGUUGGUUUUAUUUUUAUUUUUUUUUUUGGGUUCUAUUUUUUUUUUUUUUUUCCACCCCCUUUUCCUUCCCCCUCCCUCCGGAAGCGUCCACGGGGACUUUGCCAUCCUGAGCAGAGAUGUCCAGUGGUGAAAAGUUGUUCCUCCUGUCGUGCGUCGUGUGUUAGUGAUGGUGGGGAAUCGCUGGGAUCCUCGGCUACUGACGGGACAUCGACACAACCACCUUGGGGUUUGUUUUUUAUAGAUGGAUUUAUCCUCAAUUUUAUUUUUUUUUUCGGUUUUUUGGGGGGUUUUUUUGGGGUUUUUUUUCUUUUUUUUGUUUUUUUUUUUUCCCGUGCUUGGAUGUUUGAAGAAAAGGGGAAGCCCACGCAAGCCCUUCUUGGUCUUCGGACAGAAGCAAAUGAGGAGUGAUUUCAAAGAAAGCUUAGAAAAUUCAGCUCAGGGA